AUGCAUUGGAAAGGCCUGCGACUCGUUGCCGAUGGGAGCUCCAAGCGCCAAAGUACCAUUGAAUCCCAACCCCAGGCUCGUCGCAGCGAACACCUUCCACGUCCCUUGGCCCCCAUCAACGAACCUAGAUACUCCGAAUCGACCCCUCGUUUCUCGGACCUGGUUGAUUCACGGGAUAUUAAUGCGGACGGCGAUGGGACGGCGCCACGAUUGCAAGUCCCCGGUGAGAGGGGGCCAGAAGCUGGGGUCGCGCGGGCGGAUUUCGCUGCAGGCCCCUCGACAGGGGAUACCCCUAGCUUGAGGAGGAAUCGAUUCAGCUUCAUGAGACUGCGUCACGCCUCGGAUCCACAGCUUUCCAAGUCUUAUGCAAAGGCAGAGGAUGCUCCCCCGGUGCCUUCGCUCCCGCCUCCCAAGAUCAUCACCACCGCCCCGACUAGCCACGAACUCGACCAGCCUGUUAAACAGCGGCAUAAGCUCAGACUUCGUCCGUCCUCUCGCAAGCACUCUAUGGAUGAACUAUCCCGAAGUUCAGGAGACUAUUCGCGCAAAUCGGAACGAAAGCAUCAGGGAUCGACCGACUCCCAUAUCGCUGACUCGAGUCUCUCGACCUAUCAGACAUCAGCCCCGGAGGAGCCAGGGAGACUCUCUACCACGUCCAUACGAAGCGGAGGUCGAGAUCAGACGUUCAACGACUCCCAGCAAUCGUCAGUGUCAGCCACGGAUACGCGCUUCUCAGAAUCCUCCCGGUCAGAUCAGAGCUAUGGAGACCAGACCUUCCGAACAAACUCCCCUCGCGAUGGCCAAGGCUCGGCCAACAAGCGAUUCCGCAUGCCCCGAUUGAAGCGACACCGUAGCCCCUUGUUCCCACUACCUCCGAAGCUCCCACCAACAUCCAACAAUUUCCCCCCGGCCGAAACAGCGAAAUCCGAUACCUCAGAUCAUGAUCAGAUUUCACCACUCCCGUCUCCACAACGGUCAUCGGUUGGCCUGGCUGGUCCCAGCGCACCACCACUUCUCCGGAAUAACUCGACAAACUCGGCUCGGUCCAUUCGAUCAAAUCCCUCCCACAAGGGCCGCGGCAGGUCCUCCACAAUGGGUUCGCUUGCUGAGAACAACGUGGAUGAAACAUCGCCAGUUCCGUAUUUGGCAUCGUCUGGACGGACAUCCACUUCCACCAGUGGCCGAAAGAGCUUCGGCGACAUCUUCAGCAUCUCUCAGCGAUUGAGACAGAACUCCGAGCCGCCGAUUCCUCGCAACGGCUCCCCCGGAAUUGGUGGAGCAGCGACCCCUAUCAAGGCGGAUCUUCCGCCAAUCCCUGCCCGCGAAGAAGGAGAGACGCCAGCCGCAUACCUGACCAAGCUGGAGGAGAGUCUACCGCGCGGCAUGAUUGGAGGUAUUCUGGCUCAGUCGGACGACGAAUUCUACAAGGUUGGACUGCGAAAGUACAUGCGGUCAUUCUCGUACUUUGGCGAUCCAAUCGACAUGGCUAUUCGGAAGCUUUUGAUGGAGGUGGAAUUGCCCAAGGAAACUCAGCAGAUUGAUCGAUUCCUGCAAGCGUUUGCGGACCGCUAUCACGAAUGCAACCCCGGGAUCUUUGCUUCAACCGAUCAAGCUUACUUCAUCGCAUUCUCCAUUCUCAUUUUGCACACCGACGUUUUCAACAAGAACAACAAGCGUAAGAUGCAGAAACCUGAUUAUGUCAAGAAUUGCCGAGGAGAGGGUAUUGCAGAGGAUAUCCUCGAAUGCUUCUACGAGAAUAUCUCAUACACCCCCUUUAUCCACGUUGAGGAUGCAAACCUUCGCGAUCGUCAUCUUGCGAAACCCCGGCGAGCAUUGUUCAAAAGCACCAGUUCUGACCAUUUGCCACUGAUGGCGAGGGAACCUGUAGAUCCAUACACACUCAUCAUGGAUAACAAGCUCGGAACCCUGAAACCCAGUCUGAAGGAUGUGAUGGAUCUCGAAGACACUUACAACCAUGUCGGAACCAGCGGUACGCCUGAUAUGGACGAUCUUCACCAAGCUUUUACCAAGUCUGGCAUCUUGCAGAUCAUUUCUCUCCGCUCGAGGCCCGAUGCGUUCAUGCAGGCAAGCCUUGAUAAUCCAGCUGACUCACACCCGGGUCUGGUGGAUAUCAAGGUGGCCAAGGUUGGGUUGCUCUGGCGGAAGGAUCCUAAGAAGAAGCGAGCACGAUCGCCCUGGGCCGAAUGGGGCGCGGUUUUGACAUUCUCCCAACUUUACUUCUUCCGAAACGUGACUUGGGUGCGGACGUUGAUGGCUCAACACGAUGCGUACGUGAGGAAUGGUCGCAAAGGCACUCUUGUUUUCCGGCCUCCUCUGGCUGAAUUCAAACCGGAUGGUAUCAUGUCUACGAACGAUGCCGUAGCCCUGCUCGACGACAGCUACAAGAAGCACAAGCACGCUUUCUCGUUCGUUCGGCCCAAUGCCUUGGAAGAAGUCUUCUUAGCAACCUCCGAGCCUGAGAUGAAUGACUGGAUUGCCAAGCUCAAUUACGCAGCCGCCUUCCGUACCACGGGUGUUCGUACUAAGGGUAUGAUCGCUACAAAUUACGAGGGCCAACGGUACCGCAGGAGCCAGCGUGUAGGAUCUGUCUCGUCGCUCGGCUCAAACCGGUCAGGGGAUAGAGAACCCGAAUCGCCUAGCAUUGACAAUGAUAUCGUGGCCGAGUUUGUCGCAGCUCGUCGACAACUGAUGAGCCAAAAGAUCCGUGACACCAACGAGAAGCUGUUCGUUACUCAGAAACAGCUGGAAGAUCUUUUGCGAAACGCUCGGCAUCUGCAAGUAUUGACCCCCGUCACUCCCCGCGCUCGUGAGAAUGUCAUCAUGGCAGCAGCCCGUAUGGCUGCAAAGCUCAAGUGGGUUCGGCAGGACAUCUGGCGCAACAAGUGCUACCGUGAAGUUCUUCUUCGGGAUCUCGGGGAGGAGGAGACCGCGACGGAUGAGCGGACAGGGUCUGUGGCCGGACCAACGGUAUCAACCGUGACUGAACCUGCCCGGGUGGCUUCCGUUUCUGGGCCAUCUAUCGCCUCUGAACCCAGCAUUCGCGGUGCACCCAGCAUUGGGCACGCGACAUCGAGCCACGAUAUCCCUGAAGAACCUGCCGUGUCGACCCCCGUCGAGAAACCUUGCAUUGAUACCGGUUUUCUGAGUGAGCCCUCGGACGAGGAGAUGCGACGACCCAGUAUUCAAACUUCCACCACCUCAUCCGACGUUGGUCGAGUUGGGCGGCCCCUCUCCAUUGCCAUCGUGUCCGAAGGCCGGUCUGACAGUGCCUCGCACCUCGAACGGGAAGCCUCGGUACUCAGCCGUGGGAGCAAGUUCGAUGGUGCCAGUCUCGGAUCUCGGGCCUCCAAAAUUACUUCCCCCGUUAGCUACGAUGAUAGUGAAGAGCGUCUGCUAAGAGAGACUGGUCUACUUGACCUCGGUGGCUCGCCCCCGCCACGCAAGCCUUCAGCUACCGUACCGGAAGAUGAAUCGGAGAGCAAGCCCGAGGAGUCUUCCGAAGUCUCUCAGAGUGACAACAACAGGCCCAGCCGUGUCCGCCGCAGCCUUCACCGAACUCUUCGCGAGCCACACCAUGUUCACCGACAUCACUCGCGCCAUAAGAAGAAUCGGGAUUCCGUAUCGAGCCUGAAUGGUCCCGAGGACGAUGGAAGUGAGAGCAGUGGACUUGCCCGCAAGACACCCAGCUUCACCGUGCAUGGCAAGAAAGCUUCCAUCAUUACCUUUGGCUCAGAGUGGCAGAACAUGCCUCCAGAAGAGCGUCUUAAACUGCGCAAGCCUACUCCUCAUGAAGAGCCACGCGCUUCGGAUCCCGUCAUUGCCGGCAGUGGGGAAUCGGUGACUUCGGAUAAUCUGCCGGCUGACCAUCGUCACUCAUACAUGAGUGUCAGCACGACUACGGGACUCAGCCUGCGCAGCGAUGAUGAAACGAUCGAUUUCUUUAAGGAUGCCCAGGAGACGUUUACCCCAGACUCUCCUAAGCGUCCGGUAUCGCAGGCCCCCGGCCAAGAGCUGGAACAACCCCUCGCACCCGACCAACCUGCACCAGAGCUGGAGAACAAACUCCCAUCAACCUCUGGCACUGGGACCGGGUCUGUCAUCUAUGGCAACCACCUGACUGCACCUGGAGAAACCACAUCACCGUCGUCUACCUCCCUCAAUGAACGAGUGGUCGAUACCCCGUCCUCUGAGAAUCUCCGACAACAAGCUGUCGGUGCAUGA